ACAUUCUCACACGCACACAUACACACACCCAAUUUUUUACACACACUUGUUGGGUGGUGGUGGUGGUAGUAUUGGCGGUACACAACCACCCUUGACUUGGCUUGGCUGCGACCGCGGGUCGUCAGAUCCACCGCCUUGUGGUCUGUGGGGAGCAGGGGUCUCCUUCAUAUCAAUCCCUUCUUUAGGGCCUUUGUUCCAGAAUCAUAUCACCCGUGCCGCUCCGGGGAAGCUUUUGGCGAAUUUCCUACCAGUAGAAGCUGAAUUAUCACCCAGGUUGUGUCGUGAAGUUAUGAUGGGGAAGCGUAAAGCUUGGCUGGUUCUUAGUGUAAAGCUAUUCAGUGAGGAGUUUUCUGCGGGGAGUGAUCGUGGUCUUCUGAAGGGGGGACGAGAGCAGGGACAGAACCUCUUGGGAUGGUGAUAAUUGAGAGUUUCGUCCUGACCUUGGGUUGGGAAGAGUAGGGCACAUUCUGCGUUGGCAUGCUUCCUCUAAACGCUGCCCAAUUCGUCACGAAUGUUUCCUUUUGUGGUGUACACUUGCUGUGGUGGGACGUGCACAGCCAAACGUAGCGCACAGUGGUUUCUGUCAGGAUCAUGAACUCUGAGUGGAUGGCACAAUUGCGAGAGGGUGGGAUUUGUGGGCGUGGCUACAAUCUUUGUCCGACUGGUUUUCUUUUGGCUGCGAUGCGCAUCUUGAAUUUAGACGUGAUUUUGGUCGAAAUGUGUAUAUGUGGCAAUUCGGCACCGCUCUCUGCUGACGUCUCUAGAAAUUUUAAGGAGAUGGUUAAUUUUUCUAAAGGAUCGGUGAUCCGCUUAGGACCGUGACGCUGCUACUUAAUUUAUGGGAUUUGAGUUUUGUUGUUAUUGUUUUUUUUGUUGGUCCAGAAUCUUAAGCAGCUACAGAGUACGUGCCAGGAUUACAGAAACCUCGAGCCUGGAACCUAGUGCAUCUCCUUAGUCGAAGAAUUUCACUAUGACUGCUACUAUGUGUACUUCUAAGACCGGAUUUAAUGCGUGAUUGGGCAUAAAUGACCACAGAUCUUAUGCGUUGUUGGUACGACUGUUGCGAUUUUAUUUUGUUUUUUGUGUGAGAAUUGUAUGCUUACGUUGAUUGUGUAACCUAAUUGCAGAUUUCAGUGUACGUGUUCGAGGAUGUUAAUUAGCAAAUGGAAAUGACCUCGUCUUCUGAUUGGCAAUUGUUGGGAGAAGUUUUGGAUUUGGCGGUCGUGAUGAAUCGAUCACCUUAGCUCGCACAUGUCUCUUGGCCUUCAAACUAGCAACCUUUCAACCUGUUGAAUUGUGCCCUCUAGAUGGACUUUUCUGGAAUGAUGUCUGUUCAAUCUGGUUAUAGCAGAGAGAACGAUGUAUAGGGGGAAGACUUAUUCAUUUCAGGGCUAAUAAUUCCAGUGAAGGAUCUUCUGUGCUAGAAACAUUUAGGAUCUGGACAAAUAUGUCAAGAGAUAGGAUGAUGCUGUCCACGCUUCAGAGCCUCAGAGGUGAUUCUGGUGGGGCCAUCUACGACCGCUUUUUAUGUUCUGGAGCAUGGAGGGGAUUGGACAUUGAUGACGAUUAUGCGCAGUCAGUGAAGUCUCAGGAACAGAAUGACUUUAUACCAUCACCUCGGCGGUUUUACGAGCUUAAUAAAGAACCUGCACGCUCUUUGAACAGCAAUGAUUCCUCGACCAAAAUUCAAACUGCGUCAUGUGGACUACAGCCGGAUUCAGAAGAAGGUGGAAUUGAUUACAUGGAUAAGCUGCCGGAUCAUUUGUUGAUCGAGAUAUUGGUCCGUGUUCCCACCUCAGAUUGGAUUGUAGCGGCAUGCGUGAAGAAGCGGUGGGGAGCUAUAUUUCAAGGAGAUGGGCUUUGGCAAACAGCGUUGAUAAGGAGGUGGCCUGGUGCUGGAAAUGCCAAACGAUGGCCGGGUCCAAUUGGUCGAGGCUCUGCUAAACGACGAGGACAGCUGUUUUUUUUUACUUUUUUCAAAUUUAUUCCAUUUGAGAGGAAGGGUAUUGAUCCUUAUCUUCACAGGCGGUUCACAGCCUUGAACGUCAGCAGCAGCCUCUUGUUUCAGAACUCAAAAUCUGAGGUUGAUGAAAUGGCUGGCCAUGUGUAUUUGUAUCUCAAAGAGCAGCUGGAGCUUGCCACCCUACCCCUUUCCUAUGGAUUGCUUCAUGGCACAAUUAUCGAUCAGUUUCUGGCAUGUGGGAAAAACAGCGAAGAGGCCCAUGACGUCGCUUCCCAAAUAUGGGUUGCGGUGCUUGGAAAUCUAGAGGAGACCGAGCGAACGUUUCACCUUCUGAUGCGGAUUGCAGAAGAGUGGGAGGUUUUCCUUCCGUUCCCGUACUCAAAAUCACAUGCUGUUCAAUGGAGAUUGUUUGAACGCCUUUUCACUGAUUUUCGUGACUGCCUCUCUCAGUUUGACUACUUCAACGUCCUAUCACGGGCCAAACACAAGUUUGACCUCAUACCCGCCACUUGGCUUGGUUACUAACUAGAUGCUGAUUACGUUGUGGUAAUGCACAGCACUCAUAGAUUUCAAUGACGUCUAAUAGAUAAAACAUCUUGUGCAUUAGAGGUGUAGGGACUACCACUGGGGUCGUACUCAUCCUUAAGCUUAUAAGAUAACUGCUGUCACAGUGAAGCACAUUACGAUCUGCUAUGCAUAUCGAUUCUUACCAUGACAAUGUUGCUCUUUAAGCAAGCUUGGGUUUUCUGCUAAAUGCAGACCUUUUUGUACAGAUUGCAGGAUUAUUAUCCUUGUGUAUAAUGAACAUGUUGGUUUGUUUCGGACUA